GCUAUCCAAUAUGGUGGCUGCCUGCUGAGGGGGAACGGAGGCCUUAGAGACUCAAGGGAAAUGGCAGCGAAGGUGCGCGGCGGGGACUUAGCCAAAGCCUCUCAAUCGGCCGAGACGGGCGGCGACACCGCGGAGGAGAUUCUGCCCGGGUUUCGGGACGCGGAUACUUUCGUCAAGCAUGCUCUCGGCACAGUGGUGGCCGCCACCAAGGCGUCCGGUGGCCUUCCUCAGCCUGGAGACGAGUUCGACUUCUACCGCAGCUUCCCGGGCUUCCAGGCCUACUGCGAAACACAAGGAGACCGCUUGCUGAACUGCAUGAGCCGAGUGAUGCAGUACCAUGGCUGCCGCAGCCACCUGAGAGACCGCAGCAAAGCCAUGGAGCUGGAGGACAAAUUCGAUUUGCUGGUGGAUGCCAACGACGCCAUCCUGGAAAGAGAGGGCAUCCUAUUGGAUGAGGCAGCGGGCAUGAGCAAGAACCAGCAGCCUAUCCUCCCCUCGGGCCUGCAGCCGCCCAAGACCAUCAUCUCCAGCUGGAACCGUAAGCAGAGUGGGGAGUCCAAAAAGUGGAACAAGUCGGAAACCUUCCGCUUGCUCCACGCCAAGAACAUCGCUCGGCCACAGUUCAAGUUCCGCGAGAAGGUUGACAACUCCAACACCCCCUUCGUUCCCAAGCUCUUUGUCAAACCCAACGCUCUGAAGCCACUGCCGGAAGCACUCUCGAGAAGCCAACGUGAGCGAAAGGAGCGCCCCGAGGACUUGGACGUGCCGGCUGCCCUGGCCGACUUCCUCCAUCAGCAGAGGACUCAGCAGACAGAGCAAGACAUGCUCGCUCACCCGUACCAGUACGAACUGGAGCAUUUCUCCCCAGCAGCUGAUCUUCUCGAGAAACCGCAAGUCCAGGUGCUCCAGCCUGUCUCGGAAACCCCAUGCCACUUCGUCUCCACCUUGGACCAGCUGGUGGAGUUGAACGAGAAGCUCCUGUGCUGUAAAGAAUUUGCCCUGGACUUGGAGCACCAUUCCUACCGGAGCUUUCUGGGCUUGACGUGCCUGAUGCAAAUCUCCACCCGGACGGAAGAUUUCAUCAUCGACACCCUGGAGCUGCGCAGCGACUUGUACAUCUUGAACGAAACCUUCACAGACCCGGCAAUUGUCAAGGUCUUGCACGGGGCCGACUCCGACGUGGACUGGCUCCAGCGGGACUUCGGCCUCUACCUGGUGAACAUGUUCGACACCCACCAGGCGGCCCGGCUCCUCAACCUGGGCAAGCACUCGCUGGACCACCUGCUCAAGGUCUACUGCGACGUGGAUGCGAACAAGCAGUACCAGCUGGCUGACUGGCGGAUCCGUCCCCUGCCGGAGGCGAUGGUCCAGUACGCACGCGACGACACUCACUACCUGCUCUACAUCUAUGACCGAAUGAAGGAGGACCUCUGGGAGAAGGGGAACGGGCAGCCAGCUCUUCUGCAGUCCGUGUGGCAGCGGAGCAAGGCCAUCUGCUUGAAGAAAUACUUGAAGCCCCUCUUCACCGAUGAGUCGUACCGCGAGCUCUACCGCAAGCAGAAGAAACUCCUCAACAGCCAGCAGCUGACGGCUUUCCGGCUCCUCUUUGCCUGGCGAGAUAAGAUGGCGCGCCAAGAGGAUGAGAGCACUGGGUACGUGCUACCAAACCACAUGCUGCUGAAGAUCUCCGAGGAGCUGCCCAAGGAGCCCCAGGGCAUCAUCGCCUGCUGCAACCCGGUCCCACCGCUCGUCCGCCAGCAGAUCAACGAAAUGCACCUCUUAAUCCAGCAGGCCCGAGAGAUGCCCCUGCUUAAGUCUGAAGUUUCGGUUGGAGUGAAAAAGAAAGGACCUCUUCCCAACCCAGAGAAACCGGAGAACCGCUUGUUCGGCCCACACGACAGCUCGCACGUUCCUCAGGAAGAGAAGCAGAACCAGUCGGAACCUGAGCCCGGACUGGCCCUGGAGCACAGCAGUCUCUUCUCCAAAGCAAAAGAGGAAGCGGACGGGAUGGAAGAGUUGCCGAUUUCGCUGUGCCUCCUUUUGAGCGCCAGCAUCAGUAUUUUCAAUGAGCCUGAAGCCGGCGAGAAGAAGGAUGAGAACUUAACCGUGGCCCAGCAGAAAGCCCGACGCAUCAUGGAGUCCUUCGAAAAUCCCUUUCGAAUGUAUCUGCCAGCGGAGCAGAACCCGGCUCACGUCUCCCAGGCGGCAAAGUUUGAUCCCUCCUCAAAAAUCUACGAGAUUAGUAAUCGGUGGAAGCUGUUGAGCCAGGCCCAGCUGCAAGCGGCAGCCAAGAAGGAGCCUACCAAGAAAUCACAGCAGAAAUCACAGCAGCAGCAGCAAGCAGCAACACGGGAGGCUGCCGAGAAGGAGUGCAGAGAAAAAGCCGCCAACACGGCCUCCGUGCGCCAGCUCGCCACGCAAGAACAGGCCAGCAAAAAGAGGGAGCGAGUGGCCAGCGAGCCAGGCACAGAGACACCCAAGCAAGAGAAGAAGAAGGCCAAAGCCGCCCAGAAGCCAGAGGUGCAAGAGGCUCCCAAACCCUUCACCCCCUUUGACUACAGCAAGUCCGACCUCAAAGUCUUUGCAGGGGCCGGUAAGUCCAAGGCCUCGUCGCAGUUCGAUCCCGCCAGGCAGGCCCAGGCCAACAAGAAAUUUUCAGGAGCUGGCAAAGCUUCACAACCAGCUGGAACCAAAAGCAUGUCCUACCUGCCUGCGAAAUCCAGCCGGGGCUUCAGGCACAACUGGCCGAAAAGAUAACACCGUUGAAGUAACCCAUCUGAAGGAACCAGGAAACACACCUUUUAAACAAUUGACCACCAAGGGGCCAAAAGGUCUCUUGGACUCUGUUUUGGUUUUGUAUAGAUACUUGGCUUUUUUUAAAAAAAAAAAGUGCACACAAUUAAACUGCUGUUUCUUUCCCCAAAAGU